UUGUUCGCCUCCUUCCUUCCCCUCUUCUUUCUUUACAUUUUUUAGCCAACACGCAAAAUGGAUUCGAGGUCUACAUAUAGAUUCGUUCAGAUAUCAGAUAAACAAACUCUGAUUGAUCAUUGUUGACAAUAGUCAAACACUUUUCCUGCUGAUAUCACACUUCACGUGUUGUUCUUAUCACAUCAUCGGAAGAACGACAUACAUUACAUCAUACAUGA